CCCUCCGGAAGAGGUAGAGGAUCUUCCUACAGAGGAAAAUCCGGAAGAGAUUCCUAGAGGGGCUCAGAGUUCUUCUCCGCCACGUGGUUUAGAAACCCAAAUUCAAAAUGGCGAUAGUGCAGAGUCUGACCAUGAUUUGCAAUCUGAGGGAGAAGAAUCAGACAUGGAAAUUCAGGACUUACAGAGGAAUCUUAACAGGCUGCGUUUAACACCGCCUGUCCAGGCUAUUAGAAUUCGGCCAGUACCUGCUAAAAGGACAAAAUUUAACAGAAGGCGCAUUUCGUCCUAUUUGGGUGCCUGAACGUGCUAUCAGACAUGGAAGAGAUAGAACCCAGAUUCAAGCGACUGAGGAUCGACCAGGAGGAGCCCCUAUCCAGAAGGAGGAGAUCGGAAAAGGAUGAAAAAAGACCAGAUUGACCCAGCCGAAAAGCUGAUUUCAUGGGAAGACUUGAAGAAGCUAACCCGAAUACUUCGACACCUAGGAGAGGACAGGACCCCAGUGAUGAUGGUAGCAACAGUAAUUGCCCUGUUGGGCUGUCAGGUAAAGGGGGAUCAAGUAGACACUUACUGGACAUAUUUCCCAGAUCCACCCCUGGUACAUCCAGCUGUGUGGACUGGAGAAUCUAUUCCAGUAUUUACUAAUGACUCAUUCAUGAUGGGAGGAUUUACAGAUACCCAUAUUACUCCCAAUCAUGUGACUAGAUUUAAUUAUUCUGGCUACAGUGCCCAAUUACCUUUGUGUUGGUCACACGAUAAACAUGCUGGCUGUCUGAAAGUAUCAUUCGAAGAAAAGACAGCGAUUGGUAGACAUAGACUGACAAAUAAUUCUAUUUAUGGGGACUUAAGACCUUAUACUAGAUCAGUAAUUAAGAUGGGACUUUCCCAUAACAAGCCAGUCAUUUCUGCAAAACCUCCACGGAUGCCCCACUGUCCAAAUAGUUCUACAAUUGAGAUUGGCACUUUUCCCAAAUGGAUGGAUUGUGUAAAUACCUUUCCUGUACAACAUAAGGUGUCUAAAGAUAGUGGGUAUAUUUUAGACUGGUCUCCAAAAAUUGAUAAAAGACAAUUACGAAGAAAUUCUGCUAUGACACCUGCAGGAUUUGUUAGUAAUAUUUUGACUUAUAGUAAAGGAGGUGUUCAGAAAGAUACUUGGCGUUUAGUUGCUGCCUCAGAAUUCUUACAUUUUACAGACAAACCUUUACCAAAAUUUGUUGGCAAGAACUGUAAAGAGGGAUCUUGCUAUGGCUUACGAGCCUGUGUCCAAUCUCCUUAUGUUUUAAUUAUUGGAAAUGUAAAAGUUAAAGAGCAUAUGGUUGAAAAUCUAUUAUCCUUUGAUUGAGUCUGACAGGAUUCCUCUGUGCAAGCCUGAUGCAGCCACCCCAAGAAGAUAUUUGAGGUUCUCCCUUAGUUACUAGCUGUUCUCUUUUUGGAAUCCAUUUCACCAAAUACCUUGAGUCUCUGAAGGACUGCCUACUGGGUACUGAUUGGGAUGAACUGACUCCUGUGGAAACAGUCACAUCUUUAUUCUUAGAUUUUUUUUUUCAGUCUUGGAAUUGUAUGCUGCACACUUCUAAGUAGUAUCUUUUGAGCAAUUUGUUUCUUCUAUUUCUAUUACCUCUGAAAUUAAAAAUUCUUGAUUUCUUACAUAUAAUCUCACUGAAAAUGUUGUAGUAGUUCUGAAAAUUCUGUCUCUGAAUGAGACUAAUUUUCAUUUUUGAACUUAAAAUUAUUUGAGUUAUCAUAAACCUCUGCAUUUACUCAUCAAGUGUUUUUUCUACGUGAGCACAUUUUUUAAACAAAAAGUAACAUUUUUAGGAACUUGAUUGUGCUUUAAUAAAAAUAUAGACAGCAGAUUAAUCUUAACACAUGUUAUGUGAUUUUUCUAUUUAAUCAUCAACAUUGGAUGUCUUCAACAUGAAGUCCAAUUUUUUUAAGUGUUGGAAGAAAUAGCAUGCACAUUUCUGGACCAUUGUAGUUUGGCCAUAAUGGUAGUUUUGAAAUUGAAAGUUUGAUUGAAGUCUCCUAAAAUUUACUUCUUUGGGUCCUUCCAAUAAUAUUUAAAUAUGAUAUUAUCUGAAUUAAAUUAUUUUCUGCUCAAAAUAACUAGGAAUUGUGACUCUCCUGAACUAACCCUGACUGAUAUAUACUAGAGGACUCAUUUAGGUCAAGCACCUUAUUCCCAAAUGGCACAAAAUUAUCAUGAUGUCUUCUGUGCACACCUUACUUGUAUUAAGAAAGAAGAGGUCACUUCUGCCCCUUGGAGGCUAGUGCAAUAUCCUGAUGAAUUUAAAUGACUUACUUAUAUGAAUUCAUAAGAUGAAUUUGUAUUUCCACUAGAGUUUAGGGAUUAAACAGCAUGAAAGAAAAAAAUGUAAAUCUUUAUUUUUCUUACACAUUGUAUAAAAUUAUACAGAAGAGGAUUCCACAUGUAGCCUUCCAGAAUUCAAAAUUGGAUUGAUUUUUUUCUUAAUAUGCAAUUUAGAACUCAUAUCUUCUUAUAACCAAAAUAUAAUAACCCAAGAUGACUCAUAGGGUAACUGCCUGUGAUAUAUUUCAAGGUGAUGACAGGUAGUGAGCUAGAUAUAUUAAGUAUUUGACUCAUAUAAAAAAUUCUAAAAUUUAUUUGUGAAUUAUAUUAUAUAUAUAUAAUUUCAUUGUGAUUCAUGUGAGAUCUUGACUUCAGUUUUUCUCAUCAUCUAUCACUGUCUUAGACAUUCCCAAUAACCCCUAUAUUCUCAGAAUAUUAAAAUUGGGGGGCUGGGGUUGUGGCUCAGCAGUAGAGCACUAGCAUGUGCGAGGCCCUGGGUUCGAUCCUCAGCACCACAUUAAAAAAAAUCAAUCAAGAAAAUAAACGUAUAAAAAAUUAUUUUAAAAAAUUGGGAAAGUCCAUUCAACAUGAUUAUGUUUUGCUUUUUACACAAAUUUAUCUACUUAUGUAGGUGUAAGGAAGGCAGAGAGUUGAAUUUUAUUUGGAUCAAGAUUUUGUCAGUGGAAUUGGAUAAAAGGAAAGAUCAAGGAAGAGAAAACUCAAAUUGUUAGGAUCAGAAUAAAAGAGAGGGACUGGGAACUUGCCUAGUUCAAUGGUAGGGAGUUUGCUUACCAUGAACACAUGUACUCUAGGCUCUAAGUUUGAGAACCCAAACACUUGAAAAACGAAAGAAAGAGAAUGAGUUCCUGAAAAUAAAUUAGAAAACUAACUUAAGUGGAUAAAUACUUAGAAAGCAUGAGAAAAGAACUACCAAACUAAUUCAAGAAGAAAUAAUAAGGUCAUAAAAUAUAUAGAGACUGAAUUAAUAAUAAAAAGAAACUCCCAUUUGAAAAACUCAGGUUCAGAUAUCUUCACUGCUGAAUUCUACCAAACAUUAAAGAAUCACUACAAUUCUUCUACGACUAGGACUAGAACACUCCUCAAUUCAUUCUAAACUGGGAAUGAGACCGUUGUUAACUGGAAACAAAAACCAGCUGAGACAAUUUUGUAUUCCUGGGAUGAAACCCACUUGAUCAUGGUAUGAUAUUUUCUUAAUGUGUUUUUAAAUGUAGUUUACUAAUAUUUUAUUAAGGAAAUAUGGAUUGAUAAAGAUCCAGAAUAGCCAAAGCAAUACUGAACAAGAAGAGUGAUACUUGAGAACUCACAAUAACUGAUAUCAAACUAUAUAGAGAGGUAUAGUGACAAAAAUAUCAUGGUAUUGACAUCAAAAUAGACCAAUGGCAUAGAAUAGAAGACACAAAGACAAACCCACAUAGAUACAGUCAUCUAAUACUAGACGAAGGAGCCAAAAACAUGUUGGAGAAAAUAUAGCCUUUUUAACAAAUAGUGCUGGGAAAACUAUAUAUCAACAUGUAGAAGAAUAAAAAAUAUAUAAAAAUAAAAGGCUCAUAUCUUUCACCCUGCAUACAAGUCUACACAAAAAGGAUAAAAAACCUAGGAAUCAGAUCAGAAACUUUGCAAAUGCUAGAACAAAACAAGGUCAACACUUCAACUAAUUGUUGUAGACAUUAACUUCCUUAACACUCUUAAAACUCAAGAAAUAAAACCAAGAAUCAAUAAGAGCAUCAAAUUAAGAAACUUCUACAUAGCAAAGAAAAUAAGAGCAUGAAGAGAGAGCCUAUGAAAGGAGAAAAUUUUCGCCAGUUACUCCUCUGUCAGGGGGUUCAUAUCUAGAAUACAUAAAGAACUAAAAAAACUUAACCUAAACCUCCAAUAAAACCCCAAAUAAUCCAAUCAGUAAAUGAACAAAAUAACUAAACAGAUAUUUCUCAAAAGAAGAAAUAUAAGUGACUAUAAAAUUCUUUAAAAAAUGUUCAAUAUUCCUAGCAAUCAGAAAAUGCAAAUAGAAACUACAUUGAGAAUCCAUCUCACUUCAAUUAGAAUGACCAUCAUCAAGAAUACAAGUAAUAAAUGCUGGAAACCAUGUGGGGGAAAAGUUACACUCAUACUUUUGAUGAUAGGAUUGUAAAUUAGCCCUGGAAAGCAGUAUGGAGAAUCCUCCCAAAACUAGGAACCAAUCAUAUGGAACUACCAUAUGAUCCAGCUGUGCCACUUAUUAGUAUUUAUUCAAAAGAAUUAAAGUCAGCAUACUAUUAUGAAAUUUUAAUAGUGGAAUAACUCAAAAUAGCCAACAUAUGGAACCAGCCCAGAUGCUUGUCAACAGAUGAAUGGAUAAAGAAAACAUGGUAUAUAUACACAAUGGAGUUUUACUCAGUCCUAAAAAAGAAUAAAAUUAUGUCAUUUGCUGGUAAAUGGAUGGAACUGCAUAGCAUUAUGCUAAAUGAGAUAAGCAAGACUAAGAAAGUCAAGGAUCUAAAGUUUUCUUUCAUAUGUGAAAUCUAGAGCAAAAUUAGAAAACAAGAAAAAGAGGAGGGCAUGAAAAUCAAAGUCUUUCAAUGGGAUAGAGGAAGAAGAUUGAGGGGGAGACAGAAGGGAAUGGAAAAAGGAGGAACUGUGGAAUAAAAUUGACCAAAUUAUGCUAUGUAUAUCUAUGAAUACACCACAGUGAAUUCCAUUUUUUAUGUAUGUCUCUAAAGCACUAAUUUUAAAAACUGUAAACAAGUAGAGGAAAGAUCUGUAGAGGUGAGGACCAAGAAGAGAGGAAGGGAGGAAGAGAAGGAGAGUGGAAGUACUGGGGAUUAAUAUGGAGCAAAUUAUAUUCGUGCAUGUACAACUAUGUCAAAAUGAACCUUGCUAUUAUGUAUAAUUAUCAUGUGCUAAUUAUAAAAAAAGAGUUAUAUAUGCUUGCUCAUUCCCAUUUCAAGUUUUGGCAAAUCUUUCCAAGAAGAGAAAAUCAAAAUUUGAGAGUAAUUGUCAUAUCUAGGUUUUGAAACUCUCAAUGUGAUUGGGUGACAUCCUUUUCCCAUUUGUAUUGAUGAUAGAUUUUAUUUUUUCAUAUAUUCAAAGUAACUAGUGAUUGGGAAAAUGUCGUAUGUCAUUAUUCCCAUUACUUCCAGUCAGAUCCUGAGAAGCAAAAUUGAAGGAGUUGUUUUCUGUCUAGUAUUCUGUGAUACAUUCAACCUUGGGCUAUACAUAUUAAUUCUGUAGACUGACAGGAACCCUAUUUCCUAGUUUUGUCAGUCUCUACCCUUGCAGAAUGAUGUAGUGGGCUGAGUUGAGCAUAUUUCUUUGAGAUGACAAUGAGACCUACAGCAAUUUGUGGCUGCCUCUUCAAUUUAGGUCACUUCACAGGCUUUCUUGUCCCCUGGCCAUAAGAAAAGUCAGGACAUUGUUACUCAAUCGAAGUCCCAAGAAGUGAUCAAAAUAAUGAUCAUUCUGGGACUGCAUUCUUCACCAGAUUGAACUAGAGAAUAUUUCUGGAAGUUUCACUUAAUUCCUGUUCAUAAAGCAAAGUUCAAUAAUAGAAAAAUGGUAGCUAUUUACUACCAAAUCUUAGGAAAACUAUUUUUUUUCAAACCAAUCAAAAUAAAAAAGUAAACUUUGAUUCAGCUUUUCUACAGUGUUUGAAAAAGUAAUUGAUAUUUUUAAUUGUCUGAAAAACAAAAGAGUACGUUUUAUUGAGUUACAGGUGAUAGGAAAUGUAAUGAAAUUUUCAUAAAUUAGACAUUCAUGAGGUUCAUUUUUUUUCUGUUUGUAAAUGGCUUUCCAGGUUUCCUACAUAUAUGUGAAAGCUUAUUUCCUUAAUUUUUUUCAUCAAAGGAAUGCUUGCUGAUUUUACUAGUG